GUUAAAAAAUAGACCAGUCGCGAUAAGCAGCAGCUCUCGGCUUUUAACGGAGGGAAAACACGGGGAGGUCCUCGGUAAACAGACGACGAUUAACCACCGGGAACGGCACGUGAUGGAUUUAUUUCACUAUUUCGCCGCUGUCGGAGUGUCUCUAGGCUGACUGCCAAGCAAAUUCAGUCUUUUCUCUGCCUCCUCCCCUUCCCGAUCCCUUUUCCCCAUUGGCUGUUGUCCCCAGACGGUGCACAAAAGUAUGGGGUAAAAGUGCUGAGGAGACACCAGGAGAACAAGAGCUGAAGAGGCCCACUCACCUGCACAGGUGUCGGCGUGUGCGGUAAUCUGUCAUGGGGCUGCUGCCAAAGAUGAGGCUUAAGGUCGUGGUGUCACUGACUAUGGUCAACCUCUUUAUCUUCAUCAUCAUCUCGCGGAACAUCAACCAAGACAAAAGUGGACAUCAAAAGAUUCUUAUCCCUUCCAAACGCUUCUGGGCUAAAGUGGCUCCCAGCUCGGCCUACUGGAACCGCCAGCAGCAGAUUCUGGACAUUCACAGCAAUCAAAUCUUCAUGACAAACCACAGCAGCGACAUCCCUGAGUGGCUCAAUGACACCAGUUUGACCUCCAACGUCUGUCAGCCUAACCUCAGGGUGACCACUCAGGUAAAAGAUUACAACUCCCUGCUGCCCCGCUUCAAGGACUUCCUGCUUUACAUGCGCUGCCGCUCCUACCCGAUCAUUAUGGACCAGCUGGAUAUCUGCAAGGAGCCACCGUUUCUGCUGCUGGCUGUCAAAUCGCUGGUGCCUCACUUUGAUCGCCGCCAGGCCAUCCGCCAGUCCUGGGGAAAAGCAGGCGUAUUAGCCAAUCGGACAGUGGUUACCAUUUUCCUCCUUGGUAACGCAACACCUGGAGACCACCACCCAGAUCUGUCUGGUAUGCUGCAUUUUGAGAACGCCCGCCAUAAAGACAUCAUCCAGUGGGAUUUCCGUGAUUCGUUUUUCAAUUUGACUGUCAAAGAAGUUCUUUUCCUGGAGUGGAUCCAGGCACGUUGCUCCGGCGCCCAAUUCAUCUUCAAAGGCGACGACGACGUCUUCCAUGUUCAUGCAGGAUAA